CCGUUUUUUUAGUGGAAAACGCCAAUUUGCCACUCUCUCAAAUAGUUUUUCUUGUUCCUCAGACCACAUCCAUUUCUACAGACACAGAGAGAGAGAGAGAGAGAGAAAGAAAAGGAAAAAAAGAGAAAAAGACAUGGAAUCCAACGAAUUUGAAGAUCCUCGAUAUCUCUGAUUUGACAUUCACUCUCUCACUGUACUACCUGUGAAUUGUGGGCUUCAGCUCUGCUUGUACCAUUGACUUCGUACUACAUAUAAUUAAUAGAAUCGAAAGGUUUUAGCUUGUUUAAGGUUUUUUAAGUUAAGUUCCAACCUGUCCUCCUCAAAGCUUUAAACCCAGUACUACAUCGUGAGCUUUUUGGUUUCACAGUUUUUAUAGUCCAAAGUUGAAACUUCAUGUCCUGCUCAUUCCAAAAGGUUCAGGAAAUUGUUGUUGACCUUAUCCAACUCUUGUAAAAUUAUCAACUACAUACAUCUUUUGUACUUGAUAUUUGAGAGGAGAGUUUACGCAAUGGGUUUUUGGCUGUCUCGAUUGUCGACUGGGCCUCCAAUAAAACGAAGAGCGGGUUUGCGAAUAAAACAGGCGGGACGAGGUUCAUACAGGGGUAGUUAGACUGGUUCAGUUGUGUUGUUGUGAUAAAUUUGGCUAGUUUUUUUUUUUUAUUACUACUAUUUUUCAGAAAUUGUAUUACUAGACCUUUGUGGUUUUCUUGAGAGUUAUUCCAAGUAAUGGGGAGUACUGCUUUAAGGCAGUUUUUGAAGAGCCUUUGCAGCAAUUCGCAUUGGAAAUAUGCGGUUUUCUGGAAGCUUAUGCAUCACGGUCAAUUGAUUUUGACUUGGGAAGACGGGUAUUGUGAUUAUCCAAAACCAAUAGAACCUGUGGAAAAUAUAUCAGAUGACAUUUACUUCAAGGUUGUGAAUGAGAUAUGGUCUUCAAGCUGUGAAACCAAUACAUGCAAUGAUGGUUCAGGGGGAUAUCCAAUUGGAUUAGCAGUGAAUGAUAUGUCUUGUCAUCAUUAUCCCAUGGGAGAGGGGGUAGUUGGUGAAGUUGCAUUUACAGGAAGCCAUAGCUGGAUCCUCUUCGAAAAUAAUCUUACUAGCGAAUUCAAUUAUAAUUUAGUUCCUGAGUGCCCAGAUGAAUGGCUACUUCAAUUUGCAGCAGGUAUCAAGACUAUUUUGCUGGUGCCUGUACUUCCACAUGGAGUUCUGCAACUUGGCUCAUUGGAACCGAAAUCUUCACCUGUUUCAAGGAACAGAGGUGCCUUCAAUGGUUCUUCAGCCUCAGUUUCUUUCAAUAGCAUUAGGAGCACAUUGAUUGAUGAAGUGCAGCAGCAAAAAGAUAGUGGAUGUAUGCAGCCUAGGAAGGGAACCAAGCCGUCCAAUGUUGGCAAAAGACGGGCCAGAGCUGCUGAAAAUCAAAGGCAACGGCCAAGGGAUAGACAAAUGAUUCAGGAUCGGGUCAAGGAGCUCCGACAACUUGUCCCAAAUUCUGCAAAGUGUAGCAUUGAUGGUCUCUUAGAUCGAGCUGUAAAGCAUAUGCUGCAUUUAAGAAGUGUAACCAAGCAUGCUGAAAAAUUGAGGCAAUAUGCCCAUCAUGAGGUGGCUAAUCACAAUAAUUGGGUUUCACCUGAAACCAAAAAUGUCAGCCAAAAUGGGACUAGCUGGGCUUUUGACUUUGGCACCGAACUUCAAAUAUGCCCCAUAGUUGUGGAAGAUCUUGAAUUCCCAGGACAGAUGCUGAUAGAGAUGCUAUGCGAUGAGCAUGGGCUUUUCUUGGAGAUUGCAGAGGUGAUUAGAGGUGCGGAGUUAACCAUCUUGAAGGGUACCAUGGAUCUCCGUUCAAACAAAACCUGGGCUCAUUUUAUUGUUGAGGGUCCCAGGGGCUUUCACAGAAUGGAUAUUUUCUGGCCUUUGAUGCAUCUGUGGCAGCGUAAGAGGAAGCCCAUGUCAAGCAGGAUUUGAUUCAUAUCAUCUAUAAGAAAUGGUGUGAAUUGGUUUUAUGCUCCAAGUGCAAAACUCUUGGAUGAAAAACUGGGUCUGCUUCCUCUUGAUUAUAUCUGUUACAUUACACACCAGAAGUCGCAGAUGUAAUCGACACUCAUAUUGUACUCCAUGGAUUUAUUGUCUGAACAAACCUGUGUGCUGUUAAUGAUGUUAAUGAUAAACUAGCAAGUAAGAGAAUAAAAACCAUCACGUGCAUGCAUGCACACAAGACUUUUAUGUACAUUUUACAUAAAAGAACUCAA